UACACAUAUUUCGUCCAAGGGCCCGUCCACAAAAUAAAUAAAUUAAUCAAUUAAUUAAAUUAGUCAGUUAAUUUAGUUGAGAAGAAAUAAUCGGAAUUCCGACGAGGCCAGGUGAUGUCAGUACAAUUGAAUUUCAACACAAAAAGCUUAAAGUAAAGGAUGAGGGAGAGCCAUAGGUGAUUAAUUAUCUUUAUGGUUAGCGGAAGACAAUAAAGCUGACACGUGGCUCUCCGCCACCACGAGGCAGCGGAGCCGCCGGCCGGCCGCAAUCCCUCUGCAGGGUGGGUGGUCCCCCCUCCAACAGACAUUCUGAUCUGAGAUAUUUUUAUGGAGGAGCACCGGAGAAACGAUCUCCAGAAACAGCCGGAUCAGCCCCGCCUUAAGCCGCCGGAGAUGCUGCCUCCCCCGCCGCAGAAGUGCCCCCGCUGCGACUCCACCAACACCAAAUUCUGCUACUACAACAACUACAGCCUCUCCCAGCCGCGCUACUUCUGCAAGUCCUGCCGCCGCUACUGGACCCACGGCGGAACCCUAAGAAACGUCCCCGUCGGCGGCGGCUUCCGCAAGAGCAAGCGCCCCCGCCCAUCCCCCUUCGAGAACGAGGAUCAGCCGGUCCUCGCCGCGAUCCCGCCUCACACUCUGGCGGCCUUGAGCGCGGCCCACAUGAGGCAGCCUUUCCCUCCCGCCAUGGGGGCCGGGCCCACCUACUACCGAGGCGCCACCUUCCUCUCCACCCUCGCCGCCAUGCAAUCCGUUCCCCCCGGAAUCAACCAGGCCGCCGCCCGCGGCCAAUACAAUGCUGUCUCUCUGAGACCCCCGGCGCCGCUGCCUCCGCCUCCUGCACCACCGCCGCAGCAGCACCAGUUCCCCCUUCAGAAUGAUCAGUACAACUUCCAUCGGCAAGACAGCUUGACUAAUCCGGCCCGCCCGCCUAGGCCUCAAACUUUCAUCAACACCAAUAGGGGUACUCCUGCCGCACCAGCAACCACAACCACCUCACCCGGCACGAGCUUGAGUUUUUGGAAUGGCGAUGGCGAUGGCGACAGCGAUGACCUGGCCGGGCUUUCCUUCGCCGCGGGGUUUGAUCCGUCUUCUCCAUGAAUUUUGGAUAUGUUCUUCAUUUCUAUUGCAUGUCUUUCGUUAUAUUUAGGUUUCGAAUUAUUUUCGAUCCCCUUUUCUUCAAAUUGAGUUUUUGGGUUUUAUUUUCUUGAAAAAAGAAGAAGAAGAAGAUGGGUGAUUUAGGUUGCAAACAUUUAUGCACAAUGUUGUAAUUUACCAUCUUAUAGAGAUUCAGAAUAG